AUGAUUAAAACAGUAAUUCUUAGUUUUCUCGUAUAUUUAAUACCUAUAACUCUUUGCGAUGUGACGAAUACUUUAAUUGCAACAGAAAAGGGAUUGAAAGUAUUAAAUUAUAACGACAAUGGUCGAGCAACUUUGACAGGAAUGAUAGGCGAUGGACGAAACUUUAUGAACCUCGUCAGAUCGCCCGGUUGUAAGAACUUUACAAACUGUAUCGUAGAUGAAAAUACUUCAUUAUCUAUUAAGCCGAUUAAUAAAACUGGCUAUCGCGUAACAUGGAUAUCCACGAAUACAACAAGUGUAUUCAGGGAUUGUUACGACUUGAAUUCCGAAACUACCAAUUGGUUCGGAGGUCCUGAAAGGUAUGUACAAAACAGCCUCGAAGAGCUCACUUUAGAUGGUGAUUCGCCGUACAUCAUCAAAAAAUCCGACAAUUUCGCCAUAGCCGAAAGAUAUUGGUUGAAUAGCAGGGGUACUUUUAUUUUUGUGCAUGAUAUAGUUCCGCUCUUUGUCGAACAACGAUCUUUAUUGCAAGUUUGCUUUAUUGCAAAAUCUAUAGAUCCUUAUAUUAAUAGAAACAGGACGGUUUUAGAGUACGAUGUAAUUACUAAAAGUGAUUCAAAGGAGGCACAUCUUUUUGCUGUUAACAAUUAUUUAGGAAAACCGACAGGCCACCCUAAUGAAAAAAUGAUUAGAAAUCCGAUUUGGACAACUUGGCCAAAGUAUAAGAAAUACAUUGACGACGAUAAAGUAAGAGAAUUCGCUAAAUCUAUUGCCGCGCACAACUUCAGCGGUCAAUUAGAAAUUGACGAAGACUGGGAAGUUUGCUUCGGCUCUCACGUUUUCAAUAAGGCGAAGUUUCCUAACAUUUCAUCAACUGUCGAUUAUAUCAAAUCUCUGGGUUUCGGAACUGUAACAUUGUGGAUUAACCCGUUUGUUAAUAAUGACUGUCAAAAUUAUUCCAAAGAAGGACUCGAGAAAGGUUACUUCGUGAAAAAUCCUAAAGGAGAUACGAAAGCAAUUUGGUGGGAAAGCGACGAUGCCCAUCAAGUUGAUUUCACCAACCCGAAUGCAGCGGAAUGGUUCGCCGAUAAAGUAAGAGCGCUCGCUAAAGAUCCCGGAAUGGAUGGAUUCAAGUUUGAUGCCGGCGAAACUGACUACGCUAUACCACCGAGCCAAUUCGAUUACAUCGCAGAUCAAGAGCAGGUUCCAAAUAUAUUUACGACUAAAUACGUGGAGACGUGUUCUCAAUUCGGAGAUUUGAUUGAAGUUCGAGCGGGUUGGAGAACGCAGCAUUUACCAAUGUUUGUCAGAAUGAUAGAUAAAGAUUGUGUAUGGUCUUAUGAUGAUGGAUUACAAUCAUUGGUAACCACUUUGAUACAAAUGAAUAUGAAUGGCUACACUAUGGUUCUACCUGAUAUGGUCGGUGGUAAUGGAUAUCGUGCACAACCCACAUCUGAAUUGCUUGUAAGAUGGACACAAGCAAAUGCACUUAUGCCAGCGUUGCAAUUUGGUUAUUUGCCUUGGGAUUAUCCAAGUGACACUUAUGAUAUCGUUGAAAUUGUUAGGAAAUUCGCUAAUCUGCACACGGAAUAUGCAGAUAAAAUAAUUAAGGCGAUGGAAGCUAGUAUUAAAUAUGGGACACCCGUAAAUCCGCCAAUUUGGUGGGUUGAUCCAACAGAUCCAAAAGCUUUUACAUACGACGACGAAUUCCUUCUCGGCGAGGAUGUGUUAGUUGCCCCGGUGUUAUUAGAAACAGUCUACCAAAGAAAUAUUUAUCUGCCUAGUGGUACAUGGAAAGAUGGUAAUAAUGGAACGAUUUAUGAGGGGCCGGUAGUUUUAGAACAUUAUGAUGCUCCUAUCGACGUAUUACCAUACUUUAUAAAGCAAAAUUAA